CGCGGCCCCGGAGCCCUCAUCGGCCCCGCCUUCGCGGCCAGGGAGCCGAACCGGCCCCGGAACCCUACCCCUUCCCUCGUCCCCAUCAGCUGACAGCGCCGGAUCGCGGAUGGUGGGUAUAUGGAACGAACUGCCAGAACAAUUACCACAUUUAAAAGACACUUGGACAGACAAGCAUGAAGUGACAUUGACAGGUGCUGCAUGCUGAAAUCUUAUGAGAAUGUACCACCUAUUCAGGAACUAGACCACCAAAUGAAAAUAUUAUUUAAAGAGACCCAAUCCAUUUAUAUACCAGUAAAUAUAAUAUAUAUCAAUUUAGAAAUCUAACAGGAAAGCCUCAGAUGGAGCAGGUUAAUAAUGACCCUUCACUUAAUGACCUAGACAGUGACAGCAGAUCCACAGACAACGAAGGCAGAAAACCAAGUGACUUAGAACAUUCUUUGUCCAAAAUAACACACAAUGCUUUGGAGAACUUUGGACAAGGCUUAAAGCAACUUUUUCAUCACCAACGACGCCGAUCAUCUGUCUCGCCCCAAGAUGCUCUUCAAGAUUCAGCCGACCAAGAUCACCCAAGCCCAGACAUCUGUGCCCCAACUGCUGAGCUGGAAUGGGCAGCUCCAACUCAUCCCUCUGCUCAGACUACUUCUCUCAACAAGGUCCUACAGCAGUUCCGCGUGGCUCCCAUGAUGAGACGGGGUGCGAGCUUGCCGAGCAGGAAAAAUAGAUUGGAUCUGCCCAGGGGAAGUCCACUGAUGUCUCGCAAGUCCAUUCCAGAUGGUACCAGUUGUCUCCUGCUACAAUCCGGCAGACCCCGUUCCUCGUCCACCACCGAUGCACCAACCUCCUCCUUGUUUGUGGAGUCCCUGGCCUUCUGUCCUUUUGCAGGAGAUGAGUUUGAUCGGGUCGAGCGGCCAGAUGGGAUCAGCGCUGCCCCACCGGGAGUGGUGGCAUCGAGCUCGGACGGAGGGCUUAGCGUGGACAGUCUGGACGGGCCACUGGAGCCACAGAGGACGAAAGCGGCCAUCGCUCACCUCCAGCAGAAGGUGCUGAAGCUUACGGAGCAGCUGAAGGUGGAGCAGACGGUGCGGGAUGAUAAUGUGGCUGAGUAUCUCAAGCUGGCCAGCAGUGCUGACCGGCAGCAGGGUGCCCGCAUCAAGCAGGUGUUCGAGAAGAAGAACCAGAAGUCGGCCCAGACCAUCCUGCAACUACAACGCAAGUUGGAGCGGUGCCACCGCAAGCUGCGUGCGAUUGAGCACUGCGGCAUGCCGCGGCAACCCAAGGGCAUGCUGCGGGACGUACAUCAAGGGCUGAAGGGCGUGGGGGCCAGGGUGACAGGGUUCAGCGAGGGCGUGGUGGGCAGCGUGCGUGGCGGCCUCUCCAGCUUCUCCCAAGCUACCCACUCCGCUGCCGGAGCCGUCGUCUCCAAGCCGCGGGAGAUUGCAUCCCUCUUCCGCAACCGGUUCGGCAGUGCCGACAACAUUCCUUCCUUGAAAGACUCGCUGGAGGAAGCCAAGGCAGAGGAGUGCCUCAAGGGUCUGGGCAUCUGUGGCACCCUACAACCCAGCCCCAGGUACGGCAGUGAGGAGGAGUGCUCGAGUGCCACAUCCGGAUCGGCCGACAACAGCGAGGCAGGGGUACCCCUGGAACCUGCCGCCUCCAAAAACAACACACUGGAGCUCGCCUGCUCGGGCUUGGAGGGAAUAUUCCAGGAACUGCAGCAAGUGAAGGAGACGCAGGCCCGGUUGGAAGAAUCAUUUGACACUUUGAAGUCUCACUAUCAGAGGGAUUACACAUUGAUGCUACAAACUCUGCAGGAAGAGCGAUACAGGUGUGAGCGGCUUGAAGAUCAGCUCAAUGACCUGACAGAGCUUCACCAGCAUGAGAUCCUCAACCUAAAGCAAGAGCUGGUGAGCAUGGAGGAGAAGAUUGCCUACCAGUCUUAUGAGCGGGCUCAGGACAUUCAGGAGGCUCUGGAGUCCUGUCAGACUCGCAUCUCCAAGAUGGAACUGCAGCAGCAGCAGCAGCAGCUGGUGCAGCGAGAGGGGCUGGAGAAUGGCACAGCGCGGACCUUGCUGGGCAAGCUCAUCAACGUGCUGCUUGCAGUCAUCGCUGUGCUCCUGGUCUUCAUCUCAACCUUGACCAACUGCUUAGUGCCGCUGAUGAAGACGCGGAGCAGGACGUUCUGCACUUUGUUUCUGCUGAUCCUGCUGGUGGUGUCAUGGAGGAACUGGAUGGUGGUCGCUUGGUUCACUGGUCAAUUUGUUUGGUCUCCCACUUGAUACUGAGAUGUGAACUCGGGUCCAUCAUAAAGCGUUGAAUUUUUCACCUGUGCCCAUGGACAUAGAGAGGAUUUGUUUACAUUUGAAAGAGACUCCUCUCGCUGACUACACUUGGCAAUGGUAUUUGAAGGUUCACUUGAAUCUAACUGGUUGGUGAUUUGUGUAAUACUGUAUGUGAGACCUAUCAGCCGACAGAGCAGAAAUAGACCAGAAGCUUGAUAUAUGCCGUUGCUAACCUGCUCACUCUCCAAAUCUCUUGUGGAGGAGAAAAACAACAACAUUGCCUGAAUUUUAGUGCACAACCUCCCUAUUGGAGAAAUAUUUUUUAUUUAAUUUGACUAGGUCCAGUUAUGCAGUAUUGAACAGUAUCUUACUGAAGUAAGGCACAUUCAACCUCCCGAUAAAUCGCCAGAACGAGGUAUAUUCAGAGAACGUCCAGGGCCAUGUUUGAGCCUAAUACAUUGGGCCAGGCCCGCUCCUGCAUGGGCUGGUGCCAAGUCCUGGCUGUGGCCUGGUUGAGGGGACUGCUGGUAUCCUCUUGGCCUUGAAGCUCACACACUCCGCCCAACCCCCCUCCCACCCACUUGGACUAACAUACUUGAAGAGUGUAAUGCUCAACCGUUUUAGUGCUUCCAUUCUGCUUCUACAAUAGACAUGUUGUCAGCAAUUAAUUUUUAUUUAAUUUAAAUAGUAUGCGCAGAGUCUUUUAAAUGAAAUGAUGUACAGUGAUGGAGAUCACAUCCCUGAAUCUACUCCAUCCAAUCUCAACCCACCCACAACUGGGCUCGGCCCAUCAAGGACACCCUGGGUUCCUGUGCCGAUCACCCCAGUCUUCUGGCGAUGUGAAGCAGUCCGAUGUAUUCACAGCAGUAUCGACGGUCACUGAGUGUGGUGAAGUAAUCUUUGCCCAGUCACGGCUGCCUUCGGACAUGGGAUGUCAGAGUUGCCCAGUUACAUUAGUUGGUUACAGGCCUCUGCACGGAGCCUGUUAGCGGAGCAGCCUGUGGGCUACCCACUCCCACAAGGAACUUUUCAUCAGGGAGGUGCAUGGUGACCUGUUUGCAAUUGUUUCGACGCUGUUGAAUAGGACCCCGGGACAAGAUGGCCCAAGCUUGCCAGAAAAUGUCAGUGUUUUAAAGCACAAAGGCGGCUGCAGAGAAGCCUGCAUUAGUCCAGCUUCAAAUCAUGCUUCAGCACUGGGGAUCAAGGCUGCUUAGAAUGAGUUGGUUUAGUCAAUAUAAAAUGGAAAGCUGUAUUCCUUGACUUAGCCAGUGAAUUACCACUGUGGAGGUGCUUCAUUAGGUUUAGUGGUGGGUCAAAGCAGUGUGUGCAAGGGGCUGGGUGAGUUCCCAGUGACACUCCAGCAGUUAACACCAAAGAUACUAGAGGAGCUAGUAUCUUUGGUUAACACCGUAGUUUGGUUUGCAGCUGCAGUCUGAUACACUGUAUCUUGUUUGCUGGGUAGUUACUGUACUGUACAUUAAAUAAAGACCUUGCCUACA